AUGGUAGGCAAGCCCGCACGCUUGCGUUCGGGCCGCACUCUAACGGGAGGCGAAGGCGACAGUAUCAGGAAUGACAACGGCGACGCGAGCGGCGAGCAGGGCGGCAUGAUGCCGGGCGAGCUGGUGGAGUCAAUCGAGACCUUCAUCCGCCACCACGCGGAUCUCGCCGACGACUCCGUCACCGCCUUGGCUAACGUGGCCUAUUUCCUGUUCGCCAUGUCAGAGCUCACCCACCAUCCGCUUGCUCCACACAUUCCCAGGGGUCUGCGGCAGCGCAUGGCUCAGGUGGUGCGCAGCUCCAAGGAGGGGCUGCUGGUGUGGCGCGCUGCCUCGCUGCUCGCGCUCACUGAGGCCUCUGUUGGCAACGAGGUGAGGGGAAGGGGGUGGGGGGAGAGGGGUGGGGGAGAGGGGUGGGGGGAGAGGGGUGGGAUUGUGGGGGAAGAGGGCUUGCAGAGCCUUGCAGGUCUCUUCUCUGCUGCAGCCAAGGCGGUGACAGCCAUGCAGCAAGGCAGUGGCGAUGCAGACGAUGCUGACGUGGAUGCUGACGUGGAUGCUGACGUCGAGGCUGACGUGGAUGCUGAGGUCAAGGUUGACGUAGACGCUGACAGGGGUGGGGAGAAGAAGAGAGAGGAGGUGGUAAAAGUGGAGGGGGGCACAAGGGAAAUUAUGCAAGUGGAGGGCGAAGGGAAGGAAGAGGAAGUUGCCAGGAAGGAUCAGCUCGUGAGCGAAGGGAGGACUGAGGAGGGUGAGAAGGAAGGGGGUGGGAGAGAAGGGGAAGAGGAGGAAGGUGUGGAGGACGUGAGGGUUUCAAGAGGAGCGGGUAGAGGAAAGGGAAAAAAGUGGCGGGGGAGGGGGGGGAAGGCAGGUGCAGGAGGGCGGGGGAAGCGGGCUGCAGAGGGGGUGACGGGGGGUGAGGAGAGGGCGGGUGGGGAUGUGGAUGAUGAGGGAGUGCGUGAAGUGGAGAUGGUGGGGGGAGAGGGUGAUGUGCUGGAGGUUAGUGGGAGUGAGAUUGAGGAGGUGAAGGGGAGUGUGGUGGUGGAGAGUGGUGUGGUAGAGUGUAGUGCUUUGGAAGUGGAAGAAAGUGAGGACGUCAAAGAGUGUGGGGAGGUGAAAGAGAGUGAGGAAGUGGAAGGGGAUGAGGAGGUGGAGGAGUGUGUGGAAGUGAAGGAGAGUGAGGGAGGGAAAGAGAGUGAGGAAGGAGUGGAAGAGGUGAAGGACCUUACAGUGGAGGAUCCAAGUGGUAAUCAGCAUGCUGCAGAGCGCUCAGGGGAGGUACAGCUGGUGAAGGUGGUACCUGGAGUAGGCAGCAGCGUACAGCCAGUCAACACCAGAGUGCUGAGGUCACACAGCAAUAAGGAGUUGUCGAGUGCGGUUGAAAGAGGUGCUGGAGAGUCACACAGGGGAGCAGCAGCGGGUGGAACGGAGAGAGAUGGAGGGGUGGGGAAGAAAGCAGGGAGAGUGGAAGAUGCGGAGCAGGAGGAAGCUGCAGCUGACGAGGCCAUGUGCCAGUCGCUCGCAUCGUGCCGUUUGCUGCUGCUAAUCAUAGACGCUCUUCUGAGGGACUUCCACCACCGCCGCCACACGCUGCUCACUACUUUUCACCGCCACUGUCACUUGCUGCUGCUCAUGUCCCGUCUCCUCUCAUGUCCCGUCUCCUCUCAUGUCCCGUCUCCUCUCAUGUCCCGUCUCCUCUCAUGUCCCGUCUCCUCUCAUGUCCCGUCUCCUCUCAUGUCCCGUCUCCUCUCAACAUCCCUCGCCCCGCCACACCCUCACAAUGGGGGCCAGGGGCCUCUAGGGCUGGAGCAGCUGUGGGAGAGCGUGGUGGCUCAAGGGUCACUCACGCUCUUGCCUCUUCCCCUCCAGCCCCCUUUGACAUUCUCUUACCCUGCCGUGCACAUGCCAGGGCCAGGGGCCUCUAGGCCUGGAGCAGCUGGCCAGGGGCCUCUAGGGCUGGAGCAGCUGUGGGAGAGCGUGGUGGCUCUUGUGUUUGCAUGUGCUGGGGAGGAGGAGGAAGAGGAGGAAGUGGACGAGGAGGAAGAGGAAGAGGAGGAAGUGGAAGAGGGGGAAGAGGAAAAGGAUAGCGAGAAGUCAGGCCUGGAGAGUAAGGGAGGGGCGGAGGACAAGGGGGAAGAAAAUCAUGAGGGGGAGGAGGUUGAAGGGGAGGACGAUGACGAGCAAGGGAGAAGGAGAAAGCGUGCUAGGAAAGGAGAGGAGGGCGACAGGGAGGAGGAGCAGCGUGAGAAGGAAAAGGAAGGAGUGAAGGACGAAUUGGGUGGUGAAGCGACGGGAGAGAAGUGUCAAAGGGGAGAAGCGGAGGGGAAGGAGGGACAGGAGGGAGUGCAGGCAGCAGUGCAGGGAGAGGUGGAGAAGGAGUUGAAGCGUGAGUGUGUGCGGAGGGCACAUGCAUGUGUCGCUCCCAAUCGCCUGGAGCUGGCUCGAGCAGCUCAGCUGCUGCUUGGUGCUACGUUGGAUCUGCAUGGUAUCAUAGCGGACAACGAUGGGUACCGCAGAGCCAGGAAUGAGAAGUGA